CCUCCGCCGCUCUCCACUCCAUAAAUUAUGCUCUUUUCCCCAUCUCCUCUCCUUCCCAAAUCCACACUCGCAAUCUCCUCCAUCGCCACGUCACUUUCAAAUCUCACUCAUCACCAAUCACUCCACUCCCCAAGUUUCUGCAGAUCCGAUCAAUGGCUUCCGGCGACAAACAAUUCCCACCGCAGAGACAGGAUGCUCAGCCAGGAAAAGAGCACCUCAUGGACCCCACUCCCCGCGCCGCCACCGCAGACUACAAGCCAGCUGACAAGCUCGUCGGCAAGGUGGCGCUGGUGACCGGCGGCGACUCCGGGAUCGGGCGCGCCGUGGCGCACUGCUUCGCGCUGGAGGGCGCCACGGUGGCCUUCACGUACGUGAAGGGGCAGGAGGACAAGGACGCGAGCGACACGCUCAGCAUGCUCUCCGGCGCCAAGCACCGGGACGCCAAGGACCCCGUCGCCAUACCCACCGAUCUCGGCUACGACGACAACUGCCGCCGCGUGGUCGACGAGGUCGUCAACAGCUUCGGCCGGAUCGACAUCCUCGUCAACAACGCCGCCGAGCAGUACGAGGCCGGCUCUGUCGAGGAGAUCGACGAGCCCCGCCUCGAUCGGGUGUUCAGGACCAACAUCUACUCCUACUUCUUCACCACCAGGCACGCGUUGAAGCACAUGAAGGAGGGGAGCAGCAUCAUCAACACGACGUCGGUGAACGCGUACAAGGGGAACGCGAAGCUGCUGGACUACACGGCGACGAAGGGGGCGAUCGUGGCGUUCACGCGGGGGCUGGCGCUGCAGCUGGCGCAGAAGGGGAUACGGGUGAACGGGGUGGCGCCGGGGCCGAUUUGGACUCCUCUGAUCCCGGCGUCGUUCACGGAGGAGGAGAGCGCCAGUUUCGGGCAGCAGACGCCGAUGGGGAGGGCGGGGCAGCCGCACGAGGUGGCGCCGUCGUACGUGUUUCUGGCUUGCAACGUGGACUCGUCGUACAUAUCGGGGCAGGUCAUCCACCCUAACGGAGGAACAAUCGUCAAUGGCUGAUCCAAUCCCAAUCAACUACGCUUUUGCCUACUUGGCUCUUAUAUAUAGUUGGUGGAUGGGUUUCUGGAGGGGCGACUCUUUAUACAUGUGUGUGUGUAAUGUGAAUGGAGUGUAAUGCAACUAGUAAAAGUGAAUACCGUUUUCAUCUUAAAUAAAUUAUGUGUGUAAUUGGAUCGUA